UUGCGUGUAUCCCAUGGAUCUUUUUUGGGACAAAGUUUAUUGGACCACCUGUUCCUUGUCACAAAGUGGGACCAGACCCAAGGCCAACCUGUCAUCUUCUUAUCUUCUUCGCAGCAAUUGAGGGUGUAGAACAUGCACCAGCUGUAAUCGAUCAGAACUGGAGAACAAGGUCAUGUCAUCAAGAAGAAUCGGUGCUUGGGAAGAAGGGUCAAAGCAGGUGUUUUCUCUCACGAAUGAUCCCAUGCAUCACCACUUCUGAUUGUGCGACCCAGAUGUUGCCAAUGCUUUGCAUCUCUCUGGCUUCAACUUGAUGGAGUUGCCACAAACUUGCCGAUUGCCGAUUGCCAAGAAAAGAGUUGACACUGAAAACUUGCAACAUUCCAUUAUUAUCUACCGUCCGUAUUGAGUACUAGUAUUCGUCGUUUGGUACCUUCUCGUUUUUCUUGCCGCUAGAUACCCCUCAGGCUACUAUACUAAUCUUCAUUCAAGCAAGCAAUAGGAUGUGCCAUCAGCAAUCACGCAGCAGCAUACCAAAGAGGCGAAGAGUGACCUUCAAGUCUAGUGUUCAUGUAGUCCACAAGCCAUGCUCCAAAAAGGAAGCCAAGACGCUGUGGUAUUCCAAGAAGGAACUGAAGAAAAUCCGAUUGGGGAUCCGGUGCUCCUUGAAAAACCUAGAACUCGCCAUUGAUGAUACCAGCAAGGAGCAGUUCCAAUGGAGGGGGUUGGAGCUUGUCAAGAGGGGCUGCUCGGCGCUGGAAUCACAACGGAUACUGAUCAAGGGAGUCUUGUCCUUGCAGAAGAUGCACAAACAGUUGGGACUUCGAGACGAAAAGACGAUCAACCUGUUUGCAACUGCAUUCAAUAGGGAGGCAGUGUUGCAAGCACAAGAGACUGCCAAAGAGGACUUUGUCGAAGCCACGCAAAUCCACAAGGAAGGCGAACAAAACUAGCAGAGAGCUGGAAGGCUGGAAGGAACAGUGGAGUUUGUUAGGAGUGAGUCUGAGUGCAUCCAGCAAGCUGCCAGACUACCAGUACACAGCCAAGGCGAAACGGUUACUGCUCCUUGAAACCUUAAUAAUUAGAGAAAUUUUUUCAUUAGACAGAAACUUUUAUGUU